AUGUCGGAGGGGCAGAAGUGUUUAAGGAUAAUUGUUCUGCUUAUCCACAUCGUUAUAACUACGGGAGAAGGUCCAUCACCACUCCCAACUUCAGAAUCUACAACCAUCAGAGAAGAUCAGAACGAGCUUACCGUCUCUUUUCCCCCUAUCGAUGAUGUUUUCGCAACACCAGAAAAACAUUUUGGAACCGAAAACAACACAGUAGUGACUUCACAGACUGGUUCGACGGCGCUACUACCGUGUGUCAUAAGAAAUAUUGGAGAUGGCAUAGUCUCGUGGAUACGAAGAAAAGAUUACCAUUUAUUGACAGUAGGAUUGACAACCUAUAGUUCAGAUCAAAGAUUUCAAGCUAUUCACCUUCAGCAUUCAGAAGACUGGACACUAAAAGUUCGUUUCGUCCAAAAACGGGACGCCGGUAUAUACGAGUGCCAAGUAUCCUCACACCCGCCAACCAGUAUAUUCCUGCGGCUUAAUGUUGUAGAGGCUCGAGCUCAAAUAUCCGGACCAACCGAGAAGUACCUCAAACCGGGUUCCAUGCUGCGGUUACAGUGUUCGGUGGUUCAAACCACUGAAGCACCUGCUUUUGUAUUCUGGUACCAUAAUAGUCGUAUGAUCAAUUACGAUGUGGAACGUGGCAUCAAUGUGACAACAGACCCCGAGCAGAGGCUGUCUGACCUCUUGAUUCCAGCGGCGAGCGUUUCUCAUGCCGGGAACUACACCUGCGUACCAAACAACGCGGUACCGGCUAGUAUAUACGUCCAUAUAUUCAAUGGUGAGAACCCAGCCGCAAUGCAAUCGUCCUCUCCUAGCUACUUUCAUCUCAACUGCCAGAGCUUCUUAAACAUACUCAUUACUCUAAACUUUAUUAUAAGGUGA